AUCAGUAAGAAAAUGGCUACCAGAGAUUUACCACAUUCAGUUUCUGACCUCCUUUUUGGUUGGUCCAAACAUUUAAAGAAGGAAAUCACUCUCAACAAGACCCAAGAACAAUUGAUUGCUGAAGAUUUCCAAAAUGAUGAAGACGCUCCUCCUGAAACCAAGGUUAAGAUGACAAACCUUUGGCCUGCUUUCGCUUCUGGUGCUGGGUUGUUCUCCGAUGGUUACGUUAACAACUCCAUCAGUACCGUUAUCUCCUGUCUUCUGAUCAUUUACAAGGAUGAAUUCACAAAAUCCAACGCUAUUUCCAACAUCGGUUCUAUUGCUUUCGUGGGUACGGUUGUUGGUCAAUUAAGUUUUGGUUAUAUUUCAGAUCGUAUUGCUAGAAAAGGUGGUAUGAUGACUGCUAAUAUUAUCUUGAUUGUUUUUACCUUGUUGUGUGCCGUUGCAACCUGGGGUAAGACUCCAUAUGGUUUAUUCGCUGCUAUCACUACUUUCAGAUUCUUUUUAGGUGUCGGUAUUGGUGCUGAAUAUCCAACUUCUUCAGUUAUUGCUUCUGAAUUCGCUAAUAUGUUACCUGCUGGUAAGAGAAACAGAUAUUUCAACUGGUUCACCAACUUUAUGAUUGAUACUGGUUUCGUUAUCUCCUCAUUUGUCCCAUUGGUUUUAUUGUGGAUUUUCAGUGAACGUCAUUUAAGAGCUGUCUGGAGAUUAACUAUUGGGUUGGGUGUUAUUCCACCUUUGUCAUUGUUUUUCAUUCGUUUAAGAAUGAAGAAUUCCUCCUCAUUCACCAAAUUGCAUAUGAAGAAGGUUAGUUACAGAAACUAUCCUUGGUGGUUAAUUACCAAGUUUUACUGGUUCAGAUUGACUGUUAUUUCCUUGAUGUGGUUUAUCUAUGAUUUCUCUGCAUACUCAUUCGGUACUUAUUCCACCAUUAUCAUGGGACAAAUCAUUCCUAAUGAUUCAUUAUACAAAACUUGGGGUUGGUCCGUUGUUUUCAACUUAUUCUAUAUUCCAGGUGCAUUUACCGGUGCUAUUGCUGCUGAUUACAUUGGUCCACGUUUAACCUUUGUUCUCGGUGUUGGUUUACAAGGUGUUAUCGGUAUUAUUAUGUCUGCCUGUUUGGGAAGCUUAAGAAAGCACAUUGCUGCAUUCGUGGUCGUUUUCGGUAUUUUCACUACUUUAGGUGAAUUCGGUCCUGGUGAUAACAUUGGUUUAUUAGCUUCAAAGACUUCUGCUACUCCAAUUAGAGGUCAAUAUUACGGUAUUGCUGCCGCCAUUGGUAAAAUCGGGGCUUUUGUUGGUACUUGGGUUUUCCCAGUCAUUCAACGUCGUUAUGCCGACAAUGCUGAUCCUAACUUAGAAUUGCAAGUUCCAUUCUACAUUAGUUCUGCUUUGUGUAUUUUCAGUGCCAGUAUUGCAUUCUUUUUCUGUCCUUCUGUGGGUCAAGAUGCCAUUAACCGUGAAGAUGAAGAUUUUGUCAACUAUUUGAGAGCCAAUGGAUUUGAUGUUUCUCAAUUAGGAGAUGGUGGUGUCGUUGAAGUCCAAGAAGAAUCUAGUGACGAUAACAAAGAAGAAAAGGGAAGGGUAAAUAUUGACCAAGAGUCAUACUAAUCAUCUGUGUAUUAUUUAUGUAUUUAUUU